CCUUUUUCGCGCUCUCUCUCUCUCUCUAGCUCCUCUUAUGCUUUCUCUGGGACCUUGUGCUGUGGAGUGUCUUUGGGAGGAGUUUCUGUUUCUGAAAGAGAGAGUGACCAGGUGGUUUAAUAAGAAGAAGGGGGUGUUUUGUUGAAGAUUGUUUACGACUAAAGUUUGAAUUUUUAUGUGAAAAACUUUGUAAAAAUAGAUGAUAAUGGAUCCACGUCUUCGUGGGUUUAGUAGUUCCACAAAUGAAAUCCGGUUGGGGAAUCAAUCUUUGCCUAUUCUGCAGAGUCAGAGAUUUGAAAAUGGUUUCUUUGAUCAAAAUAGGGGAUUUGGUUUCCUUGAGUCCAAUCUAAUACCAGCUAAUGCACCUUCAUCCUUGGUUUUGACACAUGAGGAAUCUUCCCCGGAGGACUGUGAUUUUUCUGAUGCAGUUUUGGGUUACAUCAGUCAGAUCCUUAUGGAAGAAGAGAUGGAAGAUAAAACAUGCAUGCUUCAAGAUUCUUUGGAUCUUCAAAUUGCUGAGAAAUCAUUCUAUGAGGUGAUAGGUGAAAAGUACCCACCUUCACCAUUAGGUAAUCCAACUGAUGUGGGUGGAGAUAAUAACUUGUCUGAAAAUUAUGGUACUUAUCUUGAUAAUGAUGGUGAUCUCAGUAGCAUUGUUAUCAAUUCUUUGCUUCGAAACUCGGGGGAAAUUCCUAACCAAAAUUCUCAAGGCAAUAGCAUUCAACGGUCAUCUUAUAGCUUUUCAAAUAGUUUGAUGAGUAGUGUGGAAGGGCCUGUGGACUCUCCAAACAGUAUUCUCCAGGUCCCUCAUAUGAACAGUGAGAUUCAAUCCAUUUUGCAAUUUCAGAAGGGUGUUGAGGAGGCUAGUAAGUUUCUUCCAAGUGGAAAUGGACUCUUUGCUAAUUUGGAUGUGGCUAAUUUUUCAACUCUAGAGCCUAAAGAGGAGACUGAUGAAUCUUUUUGUGUUAAGGUUGAGAAGGAUGAGGGGGAGUCUUUUCUUGCUGUAUCCAAAGGAAGGAAGCAUCCUCAUAGAGAAGGAGGAGACAUUGAAGAAAAUAGAAGCGCCAAGCAAGCGGCGAUUUACUCUGAACCGACUUUGCGAUCAACUAUGAUUGAUAGAAUCCUGCUUUAUAGUUUAGGGGAUGGUAAGAAUUACUAUAUUUCUCGUCGUGAGGCUUUGCAAAAUAAGAACCAGAAGAUAGUGCUGCCAAAUGGAAAAUCAAAAGCUACCAAUAGUGGGAAGGGACGAGGUAAGAAGCAAAACGGGAAAAAGGAAGUGGUUGAUUUGAGAACACUUCUGAUUCUUUGUGCACAAGCUGUUGCAGCAGAUGACUAUAAAAGUGCGCAUGAGUUUCUGAAGCAGAUCAGGCAGCACUCAAACCCUUUUGGGGAUGGAAAUCAGAGGUUGGCUCAUAUCUUUGCUGAUGGCCUCGAAGCACGCUUGGCUGGUACUGGAAGCCAAAUUUACAAAGGACUUGUUAGUAAAAAAGCAUCAGCUGCUGAUUAUCUGAAAGCUUUUCAUCUAUACCUUGCUGCUUGUCCUUUUAGGAAGAUAUCUAGUUUUAUCUCAAAUGUUACAAUAAGGACAUCUGCAGCAAACUCAAUGAGAGUCCAUGUUAUAGAUUUUGGUAUCCUUUAUGGUUUCCAGUGGCCUACUUUAAUACAGAGACUUUCAUUAAGGCAUGGAGGACCACCCAAACUUAGGAUUACAGGAAUAGACUUCCCACAACCUGGUUUCAGGCCUGCGGAGAGAAUUAUAGAAACUGGACGCCGCCUGGCAGCAUAUGCUGAGACCUUUAAUGUGCCAUUUGAGUAUAAUGCUAUAGCAAAAAAAUGGGAAACAGUUCAACUUGAGGAACUCAAGAUUGAUAGGGAUGAGUACCUUGUUGUUACCUGUUUUUAUCGCGGUAAAAACUUGUUGGAUGAAUCUGUGGUAGUAGAAAGUCCAAGGAAUAAUUUCCUCAGUUUGAUAAGGAAGAUCAACCCGGAUAUAUUCAUUCAUUGUCUUAUUAAUGGGGCCUUUAAUGCCCCUUUCUUUGUUACUCGAUUCAGGGAGGCAUUGUUUCACUAUUCUUCACUUUUUGAUAUGCUGGAAACUAUUGUGCCCCGUGAGGACUGGGAGAGGAUGCUGAUUGAGAAAGAUAUAUUUGGGAGGGAAGCAUUGAAUGUUAUAGCUUGUGAAGGGUAUGAAAGAGUAGAGAGACCAGAGACAUAUAGGCAAUGGCAAGUUCGAAUUCUACGAGCUGGGUUUUUGCAACAACCUUUUGAUCGCGAUAUAGUAGAGAGGGCAAUGAUGAAAGUAAGGUGUAGCUACCACAAGGAUUUUGUAAUUGAUGAAGAUAAUCAGUGGAUGUUGCAAGGUUGGAAGGGGAGAAUUGUUUAUGCCCUUUCUUGUUGGAAACCUGCAUGACUAACUAAGAUGGUACAAGUGCAUCUCACUAGGGCUUUGUGAAUUAAUUUGACUUCUGAGGAGCUCAGUUGCAGCAUGAAACCAUUGAAACCCUUCAGCAUUAGCUCAUUGCCUCUAUCUUGUAGUUAUUGAAAGCUGACCAAAAGGAAUGCUAUUUAUGCACCUUGUGUUCACAAAUUGUUAUGGAC